AUGGACAAGUCUUUUUGGUCAAUCAUCCAAUGGCUUCCCAAUGAAGUACUUUCUGAAGUCCUUCGGUUCUGUGCGCCCAGGGAGCUUGCUAUUUUACUCAGGGUCGCAAAGCUGUUCAACGGAAUCGGACUGCCUUUGUUAUACCGCGAUGUUUACCUUGGCAUAAGCCAGGGAAAACGGGCUUCGGUUCUUUCUUUCAUGGCGUCUAUAGAACGGGAUCCAGCGAGGGCGCGAAUGAUAAAGGGAAUUCGGAUCAUAGCUUUAGAUUUGGAAAACAUCGAAGCCGUUACCCCUAUUAUGGAGGGUAUCAGAAACUUCACCACCAUUGUCCCCGCCAUCGUUCAGCUGACAAACAUAGAAGUCUUCCGAAUCGUCUGCGAAUUCGACGAGGAGGCGUUGCUCGAUUUACUCGACGUGGCCUUUUUCACUAAAAUCCACACCCUUACUCUUGCCUUCAGUGGACUCCUCCACCCUUCUCAAAUAUCACCCUUCAUAAACAGGCACCCGACGCUUCGCAGCGUUUCACUUCAGUCCAAUUCAGUCUUCGGUGACAAUUUUUCCGUUUUCCUAUCAGCAUUCCCUCGCAUAGAAUUACUGGAACACAUGUCCGCUCCUUUCGAGUACUUCCUCGGCGACAUACCCAGUAAGAACUUGACUUCUGCCUCGAUCGAUUUCAGCGUAUAUGGAAGGCCGGAAAUCGGGAGGACCUUUGUCUCGCUUGCUAAUUCUGCUGCGAAGGAUAGUUGCAAGACACUCGUUUGCACCACCCAAGGCUCAUACACGCCUUUAAUGGAAUACAUAUCCGGUCUGAUGCCGAAAAUCGAAAACCUCACCAUCAGGUCUGGCCCUCUGCCUCGUUUUGCAUCCUUUGAUGAAUUGGCCAAGCUCAAACAUCUCAAAAAGUUUACUCACAUCACAGUUGACAAGGACGACGAUGGAUUGCAGAAAGCAAUUGAUCGCGUCGACGACCAACUGUUUCAUGGAAUGUCUUCGACAUUGAGUCUGUUGAAGCUAUGUACGCAUGGGAAGUUCUGA